AUGAACGACAAUUUCCUAAAUGGUAAUAUUCCACACGAGAUUGGGAAUCUUUCUGCCCUCGAAAUAUUAAAUUUAAGGUCUAACCAGCUUCUGGGGUCCAUACCUUUUGGUAUCUUCAACAUAUCUUCUCUGAAAGCACUUGAUCUCUCGUUUAAUAGCCUGUCAGGAAUGCUUCCGGAGAAUACAUGCGAUAGUGUCCCGAAAUUGACUGAACUCUAUCUCUCGAAGAAUCUACUCAAUGGUCAAAUUCCAUCAAAGAUAUACAAGUGCAGAUACCUCGAGUACCUGUCAUUAUCCUACAAUCAUUUCAAUGGAAGCAUACCAAGUGCAAUUGGCAGCUUGACCAUGCUCAGGACUUUGUUUCUGGGGAUAAACAACUUUGAAG